AUGAACUCCAAUACCCUUUAUUUGUUUUUCAUCUUUUCCAUACUUGUCAUAUUAAACAAUGUGUUCCAUUUUCUAAGCCAAAGCACUGCAUCAGAUUCUGAUGCUUCUUAUGUCCUCGCAUGUGGUGCUUCAACUGAUGCAGAAGACACAAAUGGUCGUACAUGGAAAUCAGAUUCACAGUUUCUUUUAAAUUCAGGCGAUUCAAUGACCCUUUCAGCUCCUGUUCAAGACCCUUCAUUGCCAUCGAUUAUCCCUUACAUGACUGCCAGAAUUUUCACAUCAACAUCAACAUACAAGAUCCUUGUUGCAAAAGGGAGGCGGUGUUGGCUCAGGCUUCAUUUUUAUCCAACUUCUUAUGGUAAUCUCGAUCCAUCAAAGUCUUAUUUCGAUGUCAUUGCAAAUGGAUUCACACUCCUUCACAAUUUCAGUGCCUCCAUAACAGCACAAGCUCUAACUCAAGUCUACUUUAUGAAAGAAUUCGCUCUUAGACCAACUCGAUCUGGUGAUCUCAACAUCACUUUUAAACGCACUUUGGAACACAUCAAGGAUGCCUAUGCUUUUGUUAAUGGUAUUGAAGUGAUUUCAAUGCCUGAUAUUUUCGUGCCCGCGCCUCUGGUUGGAUAUAGUGAUCAAUUUGUGGAGGUUGACAGUUCUUCUUUCCAAACAAUUGCUAGGCUAAAUGUUGGUGGACAAUUGAUUCCUCCAACUAAUGACUCAGGCCCUGCAAGAACGUGGUAUGACGAUUCAUCUUACAUAUUUGGUGCCGCUUUUGGUGUCACUUUUAAAGCUGAUGAAAGUGUUAAGAUUCAGUAUCCUGGAAAUUCUUCAAAAGAAAUUGCACCUUUGGAUGUUUAUAAUACAGCUAGGUCAAUGGGUCCGCAUGGAAAUAUUAAUAUUAAUUAUAACCUAACAUGGAUCUUCCAGAUUGAUGCAAACUUUACUUACCUUGUCAGAUUUCAUUUCUGCGAGCUUGAGUUUGAGAGUGUUAAUCAAAGGGUAUUUCAAAUUUUUGUGAAUAACCAAACAGCAGAAGAGAAUGCUGAUGUGAUUGCAUGGGCUAAAUCUAGAGGAGUGCCAGUGUCUAAGGAUUAUGCAGUUUAUGCCAGAGAUGAGCCUGGUGAUGAAGAAUUAUGGGUGGCAUUGCACCCAAGUCUGUCAACGAAGCCUCAAUUUUAUGAUGCAAUUCUCAAUGGAUUGGAGAUCUUUAAGAUGAAUGACACAAGGGGGAAUUUGGCAGGUCCGAAUCCUGUGCCAUCCCCAAUGCCAACUCAAGCAGAUGAUGCUGUUGAGGAAUAUAGACCCUCCAGGUCAAAAAGGGCUGCACAUUUGAUUGGUGGCAUUAUUGGUGGGUUUGUUGGUUGUUCUGUAGUUGCCCGUCUCUUCAUUUGUUUCACCAAAGAGAAGAGGAAAGGUUAUAGAAGUACAUCCUCUGUAGGUUAUAGGUUGCCAUCGUAUGGACGUUCCCACACAUCAACGAGCAGCUCAACAAUGUCAUCAGGUAAAAGUACUGCCAGUAGCCAUCUUUCAUCAGUUGCAGCAGGUCUUUGUCGACAUUUCUCUCUAUUGGAGAUUAAACAUGGUACUAAGAACUUCAGUGAAUCACAGGUCAUUGGUGUUGGAGGAUUUGGCAAGGUCUAUGAAGGCCUUAUUGAUGGAAAGACAAAGGUUGCGAUUAAAAGAUCAAAUCCAUCUUCAGAUCAAGGAUGCGAAGAAUUCUUGACAGAAAUUGAGAUGCUUUCAAGGCUGAGACACAAGCAUUUGGUGUCUUUGAUUGGGUUUUGUGAAGAAGAUGGAGAGAUGAUUCUGGUUUACGAUUACAUGGCUAAUGGGACUUUAAGGGAACACCUCUAUAGGAGCAAUAAACCUGCCUUGUCCUGGAAGCAAAGGCUAGCAAUCUGCAUUGGAGCUGCCAGGGGACUUCACUAUCUUCAUACAGGUGCCUGGUACACAAUCAUUCACAGGGAUGUGAAAACUACAAACAUUCUAUUAGAUGAGAAGUGGGUGGCAAAAGUGUCCGAUUUCGGACUAUCAAAAAUGGGUUCCAAUCCAAACCAAACUCAUGUUAGUACAAUAGUAAAAGGCAGCUUCGGUUACUUGGAUCCUGAAUACUUCCGCAGACAACAAUUAACAGAAAAGUCAGAUGUUUACUCUUUUGGGGUAGUCCUUUUUGAAGUGUUGUGUGCAAGACCAGCGCUUGAUCCUAGUUUUCCUAUGGAGCAAGUUAGUCUUGUAGAUUGGGCUUUACACUGCCAAAGAAAGGGUACUCUUGAGGACAUUAUCGAUCCAAAUCUCAAGGGACAGUUAAAUCCUCUGUGCCUGAGAAAGUUCACAGAGACAGCUGAGAAGUGUGUAGCUGAGGAUGGGCUUGAUCGCCCUUCGAUGGGCGCUGUGUUGCGGAAUCUCGAAUUUGCACUCCAAUUGGAGAAAACUUCUGAGCAACCUGAACCGGUUUCCUAUAACAGUGCCGAUGACACUUACGCAAUGUAUACUGUCAUGUUGGGCAUUGAUGAGAAUAGUGUAGUAAGCCUGGAAAAUAAUGCCCCCCAUAAAAGUAAUGCUUUCUCACCAAUGGUGAAUCCCGGGCCAAGAUGAUAAUAGACAUAUCACGUCUACUGAUUUGAACAAACUUAAGAGGAAAUAUUUAAUUGAAGACUCUUUGAUAUCAAGUUUACGUUUAAAUAGCUUGUACAAUAUUACAUUUCUCAGGAGCACUUUGUUCUAGUACAAGUCCCUGAAUUGUACAUGGUUGAAUUAGAAUAAUACAUUUCUGGCUCACU